AUGCAGAACUACAAGGAGCACCUCUAUAAGAUCCUGGUAAUAGGGGACCUGGGGGUGGGGAAGACUAGCAUCAUCAAGCGCUAUGUCCACCAGAACUUCAGCCCCAACUACCGGGCCACGAUAGGAGUGGACUUCGCCCUAAAGGUCCUUAACUGGGACCAAGAGACGGUUCGGCUACAGUUAUGGGAUAUAGCAGGUAGGAGACGCAUUACGCGUGACACUGAUCAAAUGGGAACACUGGCAGGCCCAUUUUGGUGUUGUGCUAUUUGGCCACUUGAAUAAAUUACAUGUCAUUAAUGUAAGCGUUGAGGGAUUGUCAAUUAAGUUCCAGCGUAAGACACGGGAUGGCGAGACUGGGGAGGGAACUGUAGUGGUAUCAGGUCGGUGGUUCCGUUCACUACAGAUAUUAGGUUCUGGGGAGUGGUCAUUGGACAAGAAAGUGUAACAAAAGGAUUGGACUUAAUUGUGUACUGACGCCCACAUACAGUAUCAGACAAAAUGUGUUAUCAGAUGUUUCAUAGGACAACGGUUCUGUUCGUGUGUAAACGUUGGGAACCGUGGGCAGUUAAGGCCUAUACGCAUAAGGUGUUCCUCGAACCUCAAGUGAGUGUCGGUUAUUGGAUAAAUUUCUCUAACGCAGUGAGCGCUCUCCUCCAGUCCCAUGCGCUCUGGCCGGUACAGCCGGGGCGCACGCCCGCAUGUACAGUCAUGUGUCUAGCACUCAUGUGAGGGAGAUUUGGGGCUCAGAAUGGGCUUAUUGUGAAUGAGAGCCGACAGGCUUCUUCUGGGAUCGGGAAUGCCGUCUCCACCUUCUGACGUGCAGCCUACUGUAUUCAGAAUAUAUUAAUGCGUUGCUUCAUUGAGCUCAAUUUAGAGGGAUAUUGUGAACUAUGUUUUCUCAUAUCCAUUUAAAUGGUUGUACUCCUCAUGAGACAUCAUUGCAACAUCCCAGUGUUAAGUGUGGCCUCUGCUAAGAGGUCCUAACCUUUAUGGCACACGGGUUUUGACUUUACCCUGCCACUACAUGAUCAGAACCAUUCAAAGCUUUGGAGUGAAACAGGUCUAGCAGCUUUCUGUGCAGCAACAAAAAAGUUGAGUCAGGAGAACUCAUGUAAAGUAUGUUGAAGUGGUCAACUUAAAUUGAGCUCCAUAUCAAAAUAGGAGUGUGUCAUGUGGAUGGUUGCUCAGCUUAGCUGAUACUGAUAACUCGGACGAGUUUCUGCCUGGCCUGAACUAGCCUUGCUCCAUUAAUCAUGCCCUGGUAGAAUGUCACACCUAGGCCCGAUCCCAAAUGUACCUCUAGUCUAGAUCCUACGUCCUAUGCACUUGUGGAGAUCUGAGAGUAUUUGACAGGUUGAAGCUGCAGCAUACUGCUUGUACUAAUCAAUCAUGCAUAGGCAGUGGUGGAAAAAUGACCCAAUUGUCUUACUUGAGUAAAAGUAAAGAUACUUUAAUAGAAAAUGACUCAAGUGAAAGUAACCCAGUAAAACUAUUUUGUUUUUAAACAUAUACUUAAAAAAGAUACUUAAGUAGUAAUUUCAAAUUCCUUAUAUUAAGCAACCCAGACGGUACGCAAUUUGUUUUUUACGGAUAUCCAGAGGCACACUCACAACACAAAUAAUUUACAAACAAAUCAUUUGUGUUUAGAGAGCGCAAGAUCAGAGGGGGUAGGGAUGACCAGGGAUGUUCUCUUGAUAAGUAUUUGAAUUGGACCAUUUUCCUGACCUGCUAAGCAUUCAAAAUGUAACGAGUACUUUUGGGUGUCAGGGAAAAUGUAUGGAGUAAAAAGUACAUUAUUUUCUUUAGGAAUGUACUAAAGCAGAAGUUUAUUUUCAUUAGUCCAUUUUUGAUAUAGUCUCAAAAUGUUUUGCAUGUCAGUGAUCGCAUUUCAAGACAUGUAACGUUCAAAAUACAGAAAUCUGGCCCCUAUCAUGUGAUCGCUGACAUGCAAAAUGCAUCAUAUGGGCCAGAUUUCUGUAUUUUGAAAGUUACAUAUCUUGAAAACUUGAUUGCUGACAUGCAAAACAUUCUGGGACUAUAUCAACAAUGGACUAAUGAAACAAAUACCAAAAGAUAGUGUUUUGGGUGGAGUUUUCCUUUAAGUAGUACUUUAAUGUAUUUUUUAUGAAGUACUUUACACCACUGGGUCUAGGCCCUAUCAAAAACUAUGGCUGUGUCCAGUAAUGUCUGAACACACUGGUAAACCACUGAUAGUCACUAUAGAAGUGAGUGAUAACGUCUGAACACACUGGUAAACAGCUUUGAUAGUCACUAUAGAAGUGAGUGAUAACGUCUGAACACACUGGUAAACAGCUUUGAUAGUCACUAUAGAAGUGAGUGAUAACGUCUGAACACACUGGUAAACAGCUUUGAUAGUCACUAUAGAAGUGAGUGAUAACGUCUGAACACACUGGUAAACAGCUUUGAUGGUGACCAUAGAAGUCAGUGAUGGGAGUCAGAGUAGCACAUUCCACGUGUACUUAUUACACUGUUGUUAGCAGAGGAAUUUACACUGACCUCUCUCCCUCUCUCUCUCUCUCUCAUUCUCUGGUGGUCUCUCUCUCUCUCUCUCCUCUCUCUCUCUCUCUCUCUCUCUCUCUCUCUCCUCUGGUGGUCUCCCUCUCUCUCUCUCUCUGGUGGUCUCCUCUCUCUCUCUCUCUCUCUGGUGGUCUCCCUCUCUCUCUCUCUCUGGUGGUCUCCCUCUUUCUCUCUCCCCAUUUUUUCUUUACCCCUCUCUCUCUGUCCUCCCUCUUUCUCUCUUCCCCCUCUCUCUCUCUUUCCCUCCCUCUCCCUUUCUGUCCCUCCCCUCUAUAAUGAUAGUUGUCUGUGUGUGAAAUCCCUCAUCAGUCAGACUCAUUUGUCUGUAAUGGGAGUUGUGCUGUCUUUGGAAAGCCCAUUACUACAUUUGAUCUGUGUGUGGCGUGUGAUGUACCAUGUCUGUCCACCUUGUCGUAUUUUUCCGGGAUUGGUUUAUGAAUGUGACCCUCCACGACUGUGACCAGGACUGUGUAGUGGACUCUUUGCCCUGAGGCAGUCUCAAGUAACCUUAAUCUCAGUGGUGUUACCAGGGCUUGUGAUAUGGUAUUAGAGUCAGGGGUGUGGCAACAAGACACUUUACUCCUGCUACUGCUAUCAGUUACAGCUAACAAUACUGUGUGUGUGUUUCAGGUCAGGAGCGGUUUGGGAACAUGACGAGGGUGUACUACCGUGAGGCCAUGGGGGCAUUCAUCGUGUUUGAUGUGACGCGGCCUUCCUCCUUCGAAGCUGUCGCCAAGUGGAAGGAGGACCUGGACUCUAAACUCACGCUGGCCAAUGGGAAAAAUGUGGCCGCUGUGCUAUUGGCUAAUAAGUGUGACCAGGGGCGGGACGUGCUGACCAACAACGGGAUCCAGAUGGAGAAGUUCUGUCAGGAGAACGGCUUUGUGGGAUGGUACGAGACUUCUGCCAAGGUGAGAACACGCAUGCAUUGCAUGCGAGCGCACACACACACAAAUAAGUACUUUAAUGAGAACGUCUUAUCACACCUCCAUACACAUUAUUAACACAAUGACACACACACACAGGCAGACUAUGGAGUCAUAGCACCUUGUACAGCUGUGGAAUUUCACAGAUAAAUGAAAAGUGAGCACAGUCAGUUGGAUCAAAGGCAGACGCACGCACACACACAACUCUCCUGUCCCGACACCCCGUAUGCUAGUGGAGCUCAACAUUCUGAGAGUCAGAAGAAGGUGAAAGGUCGUUACCAUGGUUUACCAGAUUUAUGAGCUGCAUUUCAUUCCGAAAAGCUGUCCCUUUCUCCCUUUGUUCACUCCAGAAGUUAGUUCACCGUAUACUUUCACCUAUCCAGUCAGAUUGA